AUGCAUGCCAAAGCUCUUCUUGCCUGCUCGCUCCUGAGCGCAGCCUGUGUUGUGGCAGAGACUGGAAAGCUUGGGGAUGCCGAUGAGACUCAAAACAACCCUUUCCGCACUGUCUAUGAGGCUACCCUCCUCGCCAAAGAAGGUACCAACCUUCGCGGCUCUGUCACUGUCAGCGGUUCACCUGACGGCCGUGGCAUCAUCUACAACGUCGAUUUCACUGGAUUCCCCGCCGAAGGAGGCCCAUUCACGUACCACGUCCAUGACCAGCCCGUUCCUGAGGAUGGCAACUGCACCAAGACUCUUGCCCAUCUGGAUCCUUAUAUUCGUGGAGAAGUUCCCCCAUGCGACGCUUCUAAGCCAGAAACUUGCCAGGUCGGCGACCUGAGCGGCAAAUACGGCAACAUUGAGGGCAUCGAGGGCGAAGAGCGCUACAAGAAGGCAUAUAUUGACCGCUACACCGCGAUCACUCCUGGUAUCGGCGCUUUCGUUGGAAACCGCUCCAUCGUGGUCCACUACGCCAACAAAACGCGCAUUAACUGCGGAAACUUUGUUUUGAAGACAACCAACCCCGGAGGCCCUGGUCUUCCGUGCCGUGACGGAAAAUGCUCAACUGGAACUCCAAUUCGUGGGAGCCCAAGCCGUCCUACAGGCCCUCCGAUGUUCGAGGGAGAUGCUUCGAAGGUGAGCGCAUUCUCCGCUACGGGAAUCCUCGCUAUUGUGAUUGGACUGUUGUGGUGA